AUGCCCGCUCUGUCCGAUCAAAAUACCAUUAAUUCACCUCUGAUUCAUAAAAUGGCCAUGACGAACGACCUCGGCACCUCUAAUAAUAAUACCGAAUUGGUAGCUUCUUUAACACAGCAGACUCCUGCAAUUACCCUUCCAAAUAGCGGGUUGGUCAUUUCAAGCACAACUCAUAAGGUUCUUGGCGAUAGUGGAGGCGGUGGAGGUGUUAGCAACAAUGAUAACACCGAUAUCAAUCCCACUACUAGUGUGAGUGGUUCUGGUGCUGAUUCUGGUGCUGGUGCCAGUUCCGGUACUGAAACCAAACUUAACAAAGAACAAAAUGACGACGAUGACGAAGAUUAUGACGAUUAUGAAUCCCUUCCUCAAAAUACUUCAUUAGCUGCCAAUUUGGUUGCUGGUGCAGCUGCUGGUAUCAUGGAACAUACAGUCAUGUACCCAGUUGAUGCUAUUAAGACCCGUAUGCAGGUAGUUACUGGUGCAGGCAACAAAUAUUCCGGAAUUGUUAGUGCCGUGACCCGAAUCUCGGCCGCUGAGGGGGCUAGAAGUCUGUGGAGAGGUAUGACUUCGGUGGUUAUUGGCGCUGGUCCCGCUCACGCCGUUUAUUUCGCAGUUUACGAAUCGGUCAAGAACUCUCUUGGUGGUAACGCCGACAAGCACCACCAUCCAAUUGUUACCUCGAUUGCUGGUGCUAGUGCCACCACCACUUCUGAUGCGUUAAUGAACCCUUUCGAUGUGAUCAAGCAGCGAAUGCAACUUCGAGGUGCGAAAUACAGUGGUUUUUUCCACUGUGCCCUUGACAUCUACAAGAAAGAAGGAUUUGGUGCUUUUUAUGUUUCAUACCCGACCACGUUGAUGAUGAACAUUCCUUUUACAGCCGUUAACUUUACUGUAUAUGAGUCUGCAUCGAAAUUUUUGAACCCAAAUAAAGUGCACGACCCACUGGUUCACUGUGUGGCCGGUGGUAUUGCUGGUGCCAGUGCUGCAGCAAUUACAACUCCCUUGGAUGUUAUUAAAACUCUUUUACAGACCAAAGGACUCAAUUAUGAUGUCAGCGUCCGCCAAUUGAAUUCUUUCAAAGAUGCCGCUUCUUAUAUUUACAAGCACGAUGGGUUGCGUGGAUUCUGGAAGGGUCUACGACCACGUGUGGUGUCCAACAUGCCAUCAACUGCCAUUAGUUGGACUUCCUAUGAAAUGGCCAAGUUCUACUUGUAUAAAUCAAGUCACUUUGCAACCAAGAAGUUUGACUAG